AGAGCCUGGUGGAGAGAGCUCUGGAUUCCUUCAGUCUAAAUUUAACUGGUGAUGGAACCUGGGUACAGCGCAGAUAAGGAUCUCAGCUGCCUGGCUUGCGAAGACAAGAGUUGUUAAGAAAACACACUCAGUGGGGGGAACAAAAAAGGACGCUGCAAUGCCUGCUCAAAACAGCAGCAGAUCUAGGUUCAGGGAGCGGAACAAUGCUUUACACAGACCCGAGUUCAUGUCUCUGAACCAGCCCAUGAGACCCAUUCAGGAGGGGAGAAGUUCGGCCAGGAAACCGGGCGCACAACUAGGGCAGCAGCAGCAGCAAUCUCAGAACGACAGCAACAAAGAGCGAAGGGAAUCCACACUGCUACCCGAGGAGGACUGCAUGCAGCUCAACCCUUCUUUCAAAGGGAUUGCCAUUAACUCCUUGCUGGCCAUUGAUAUCAGCCUGUCCAAAAGCAUGGGGGUGUGCGCUGGCAGCUCUUCGGCCUGGAGUAGUGCUCGCCCCAUGGUCAGGCUCAUUGGGCUGACCGGUCACGGCAUCCCCUGGAUUGGGGGAACCGUUUUCUGCCUGGCAAAAAGCAUCACCCCAGCAGGGCAGGAGGUGCUUCUGAAUCUUCUGUUCGCGCUGAUCCUGGACGUGCUGAUGGUAGCCGGAGUGCAGAAGCUGGUGAAGAGGAAGGGGCCCUCGGAGGUGCCCGCCGGGUUCAUGGAUUACCUGAUGAUGGAUGUGUAUGCCUUCCCGGCCGGCCAGGCCAGCAGAGCGGCCAUGGUGGUCAAAUUCUUCUUCAAUCACCUGGUUCUCGCCGUCCCCCUGCGCAUUCUCCUGGUGAUCUGGGCCCUGUUUAUCGGCAUCUCGCGCGUCAUGAUCGGCCGCCAUCACCUGACUGACGUCCUGUGUGGCUUUGUCUUCGGUUACAUACAUUACAGGGUCCUGGAGUUUCUGUGGCUUCCUUCCAACGCGUGUCAGUUUCUGAUCUCGAUCAUUGCCAUCUGAGGAGGG